AUGCUAAUAAUAAACACACGCGGUCCCAGAGUGCGUGCGGUCCAACAGAACCAGAAAGAUGGCAGCUGCACAGGGGAAUGCCGGUAGUAGUAGUUGCAGCAGUAGUAGUGUCGAGGGUGCUGGUGGUGCUGCUGGCGAUGAGUUGAGUGGGAAUUCAAGGGAACCGGUGGCUGAGAGCGUGCCAGUGUUGCAAAGCCCACCGGAGACUCAAGCCUCGGUCGACGCUGGCAACGGCAAAACCGUGCAAGUCACACUUGAAGAGCCUGUAGAGGGCAAAAGGAUGUUGACAUCUUCUUGGACGUGGCACUUUGCGAGUAGAUUCAGCCCGCCCAUCAACGGGAAGAACGUGGUGUGUAUGGCGAAGAAGGCUGAUGGGACAACCUGCAAGCACCUCAUCAUGAAGUGGGAAGGAGCAGCAACCGCAGCAGUAACCGGCAAGAGAGGGAAAGGCUCGGGAACUUCUGGCAUUUCCAAGCACCUCGAGACAGCUCACAAGGUCGAGGUGGACAAAUAA